AGCGGUGCAGUCAGCCAUAGAGACAACGCAACGCAACACUACUCCACUCCAACGGAUAGAGACGCGUUUCAUCCACGGUGGCCGAGUCGGAGAAAUGCACAAGAAAAACCUGACACAAUGGAGCGCCUCCGAGAAAUAAGGUGCCGCUAGUUUCUCAACGACGAAGAGUGAAAGAUCUGUUCCCUCUCCCACACAAAAUCCUGGAACAGAGACAUCUGCCCACUUCCACAUCAUGUCCCGGACGACAGCAACAACAACGACAAGCCAAAAAGCAAAAUAUCGCGACGUGGCCACGGAGGACGAUGCCUUGAAUAGCACCAACCUUACGGCGUCACUUCUAUCACUGUCAAGGGUAUUCGCUGUAACACACUGGCAAAAAUCCAAAGCCUUGUUGUAUUCCAACCCGUCCCUCAUGACUUACCACAUGUUGUGUUUGGCUUUGAAACAUCAUGCUUCCGUUGACAUCAUCGCUUCCAUGAUUCAGAUCAACCCCAGAGUUGCGUCUGUUCCCAAACAAGGGCUGUCACCGUUGCAAGUAGCUGUACAGAGCUCCUGCAACGUUGAAAUUAUCAGAGUUGUGAUCCAGGCCUGCCCUUUGGCCCUGAUAAAAACCAAUCCAGAAUCGCGAUGGGAUCCUCUUUCGUACGCCAAGCGCUUUCGAGCCAACGAACCGGAAUUGCUUUCAUUGCUAUCCCGUCCUCUCAGUGAUUGGCUGACCAGCACCAAUACACCUCCAGCCUAUCAACCGUCGCCAGUUACUGAAAGCCAGUCGACAGCGAGGAGCGAUGUGACAAUCCCCUUGCUCCGAUCCGCCAAUACACGCACACAACGAACCACGAAAAAAAUAUUCUCGAAUUUGCAGCAACCCGCCGCAACGCGACCGUGGCCAAUGUCGCUACUGAACUCGUCACCAGUCAAUUCGAUGCGCAGUUUCUGUGAUGCCACAGAAUCUGCCAUGGCGCAAUUGAGAGAGGAGAACCCGUGUACCUAUCGCACGGCGCCUUUCGCAUCCGACAAAAGUACCACCGAUCAUUUUUCAGCAGGACGCCUUGAAAUGGAAAAUCUGAAAAUGCUCUGCUUGGCGGUUCUAAAAAGUCAACGAAAACUCAUCAUAGAUUUCCAGACCUUGAUAUCAGACAGAGAAGAGUCUGGUCUAAAAGGCACCGAUCCAUCUUCCUCUCCUUCAGUCGCACAGCCUUUCCCUCGCGACGCAACAGCCUUGCGGGCAUGGCAGGAAACGUCAACCCGUCACUUUCGAACCCAAUUGAUUGCGCUGGAUAUGAAGGAAAAGGCAAUGAAAGCACACGUGAGAGGAGUUGAGCGGCGGAUUAUGCAUCGACUCCAAGACUUGCAAAAGGAAGCGAUUGUCGUGGCUACAGAACAUUUUGGCGAGCAAUUGAAAGACAUUCAGGAUUGCUUGAACCUCCUGCAGCUCAGAAUGAAUAGAUUGGACGAAACGUCAAAAAUUACUCGCACGGGUAAUCCCGACCCUAUCCAUUCCACCGCACUUUCUAAUCAUCACCAGCGCAACGCGGUCACGGAGAUGGUUUCGUAUACUCCCUUUGCCUUUGCGGAAGAAGGCAAGACAAACGAGGAUGACGAUCUUCGAUCGUUGCUAACGGAUGAAAGUUUACUGCUGACGGACCGCAAACAGCAAUUAAUGGAUCGACCAGCAAUCAAUGUGUUGCGUGUCAUAUUUUGCCGAAGUCCUCGUCAGUCCUAA